GGKGAGCUGGCUGUGUAGAGGAGAACAGGGACUGGCCAGGAUGCUGAAUCUGCUGGUGCUGGCACUGCCUCUUCUGUGCAGCAUGGUCCAUGGGGCCCCUGCCCCAGGCCCAGCUCUGGAGCGAGUGGGCAUCGUGGGAGGACGGGAGGCCCCUGAGAGCAAGUGGCCCUGGCAAGUGAGCCUGAGAUUCCACUUCGAAUACUGGAUGCAUAUGUGUGGAGGCUCUCUCAUCCACCCACAGUGGGUGCUGACUGCUGCUCACUGCGUGGGACCAGAAAUCAUAAGCCCAGAGCUCUACCGGGUACAGCUUCGGGAGCAGCACCUUUACUACCGAGACCAGCUGCUGCCCAUCAGCAGGAUCAUCCCUCACCCCAACUACUAUACUGCCCAGGACGGGGCGGACAUUGCCCUCCUGGAGCUUGAGGAUCCUGUGAACAUCUCCAGCCAUGUUCACCCCAUCUCCCUGCCCCCUGCCUUGGAGACCUUCCCCUCGGGGACACCAUGCUGGGUGACAGGCUGGGGCGAUGUGCAUGAUGGCGUGUCCCUCCCACCACCGUUUCCCCUGAAGCAGGUGAAAGUCCCGAUUGUGGAAAACCACCUUUGUGACGCACAGUACCACACAGGGCUCUACACAGGGGACAGCGUUCGCAUUGUCCGUGAUGACAUGCUGUGUGCUGGGAACAAAGGGCACGACUCCUGCCAGGGUGACUCUGGAGGGCCCCUGGUCUGCAAGGUGAAGGGUGCCUGGCUGCAGGCGGGCGUGGUCAGUUGGGGUGAGGGCUGUGCUCAUGCCAACCGGCCAGGCAUCUACACCCGUCUUACCCACUACUUGGACUGGAUCCACCGCUACGUCCCCAAGGUCUCCUGAGCCAGGUUGGCAGGGUUGCCACCCUGAUCAGGCAUCAUCAGUCCUCUUCUGCCUCAGCACACUGUUUCCUUCCCAGGUGGCAUCACCCCACCUUCCCAAUCCCCCUACCCCUGCCCUGUGGAGCCCUCCACCUGCGUCUCUCCCCUCCUGGCUGCUGUGUUUCAUUAAA